AAAGACUUAAAACUGGAAUUUAAAGUAAUCAUAUUUCAGUGAGGAAUCCUCUUCUUAAUUCGUUUGUUACGGUCGUCGUCGUCGUCUAUCUCCCACACUUCCGACUUGGUUGAGAGAGAGAGAGAGAGAGAGAUGGCAGGACAUAAGGUUGCGCAUGCGACAUUGAAGGGUCCUAGUGUUGUCAAGGAGUUAAUUAUUGGUAUGGCUCUCGGGUUAGCUGCUGGUGGUCUCUGGAAGAUGCACCAUUGGAACGAACAGAGGAAAACCAGAGCUUUCUAUGAUUUGCUUGAGAGAGGUGAGAUCAGUGUCAUAGCUGCUGAAGAGUAAUUUAUAGCCCGCUCGAAACCUGGUUCCUUCUAGACUGAUGAGUUCGAUUUCGGUUUGUUUUGUUUUUAAUGUUGUUGGGUUUCUUAAAGAAAUAAACAAAGGAUAAAAAGGAUUUUGUCAGUUAUUAACAAAUUCAAAUGUGCUGUUGAUUCA